AUGAAGGAACUAAGCUCGAACGACCUGCAUCUGCCAUUCCACCGAUACUACAUCAAAGUUGGAAGACACCCAUCCUUCCAUCGGCAACGUCUUAAAGCAUGGUCCAAUACGUGUAAACGGCUACAUCCCAUGUGGGAGUAUCGGUUAUGGACUGAUGAAGACAAUGAUCGCAUCGUGCAUGAGCACUAUGUCUGGUUUCUGCCUACAUACAAGUCUUUCAAGAAGCCUAUCUUGAAGGUGGAUUCUGUACGAUACAUGUACAUGCAUCGAUAUGGUGGCGUCUAUGCAGACCUCGAUGUAGAAUGCUUGCGGCCCAUGGACUCGUUACUGGAUGCUGGGCAGGUCCUGGUUCCGCUCAUGAGUUCCGAAUAUGCUCUCAUCCAUAAUAUACCAAAUGCAUGGAUGGCAAGUGUGCCGGGCCACAUGUUUUGGAUUUUCAUGUUACUAAAUGUCAUGAAACGAGCCAAGUUAAAGGACGCAGAUACCCGACUACCAGAAGAAAUCACAGGACCAGUGCCGCUUUAUGAAACGUAUUAUAAUUGGGUUGAGAAUUACGGAGUUGAUGGAUUGGGGGUCACGUUGCUAGCACCAGGGUUGAUUUUCCCAUAUGCGUGGAAUACCAAGAUUGAGGCAGAGCGAGAAGUUUGUUGGGCAGUGAGUUCGAAGCAUAAUACCACUGCUUGUAAGGAAUUGCUGGAUGUCAAGAAGCUAGGGUCCUACACCAUAAGUUAUUGGCACCACUCCUGGGCUUUAACAAGCAAAGAACAGCACCUAGUGAAUGCGUGGUCUGGAAAUCGCGAGGAGGACGAUUAA